AACUAGUAGGUCACAUCUUGUGUACACCACACAGAGUCGUUUGGAUUUAAAUCCAUCAUGGUGGACAACACUUAAUGCAGCUCUUUAAGUGGACAUUUUGGAAACAUUAAACCAAGUGUGACUACUUUAAAGUUACUGCUGGAAACUGUAAACACUGCCAAAGAAAUACAACUCACUACCCUAAUAAGAGGGACUUUUUUAAAUUGACAGUUUUUCACUAAAAUAAGGAAAAAAGGAGGACAACUUGUCUGCAUUUUUGGCCAAAAAAUGCCUCGUUCUCGCUCAGGCUCCGUGGCCUCCCUGAGGUCUGUUACCUCCACUGCCAGCGUCGCCAAUGGCGCCCACACCACCUACUUUGCCAAAGUCUGGCUGAAACCUCCCCACGAGCUCUUCAUGACAGACAAGGGGAAGCACGGCAUUAAAAUCACAUGUGGCAAUGAAUCCCCACAACUGACCUCAUGGUGGAUUAGCACCUUAAAAGCAAGCUACCCCCAGGAUUCAUGCUCUGAUGACGGCCGCUUUUUCAGAAUGAGGCCAGAGCACGGAGUGUUCCUAAAGCUGGACAAGAAGCACGGGUUGUUGAAGAUCAAGGGGAAUGACCACUACCAAUGGUUUCUGGAGAAUAUCGAGGAGGUGUUACAGGCAGGCGGGAUUGAGGUCACACUAAUGGCGGAUCUCUUCAACCAAAUAGGAAGACAGCUGGGUAUUGAUGGAAUAUCAGCAACAAGUCUACUGGAGAAUCUCCCAGACACUGGAGCCAUUCAGAAUGGGGCUGGCUCCAUCUAUAGUCUUUGGAAGACACUACUGGAUAGGUGGAUGGGCUUUGGCGGAACUAUUACCGUGGCAUCACCAGUGUUAGACCCAGAGAGGUUCAUGGACUUAAUUCUCCUCAUGAUCAAAAAUGACCGCGAAGGGUUCACACUUAAACUUGUAACAUCAGAGAGAUGUGACGGUGAACACAGUUUAAAACAUACAAAGAUGGUUGCUAGGGACUUGUUAAAGAAACUGAAAACCACCGGAAAGCGAAGGCGGCUAGUGACUGAUGAAAAAAUAGACUGGGCGUAUAAGCACAUUGAAACCAAAACGACCAUCUUUAACUGCCGUUUUAUUGGGAUGAGUACUCCACACAAGGCAGAGGUGAUGAUCACCAGUGCUGGCUUCAUACGACGUUACUUCCAUAAUGAUCUCAAAGACUCCAUCUCGUUUUUCCGCCUCACACCCUCAGAGUACAGGACAAAUUACAUAGACCCCUUGGGGAUAGAGCAGAAGACAAGUUUCUGAGUCUAGGUCAAACAAAAUAGUCAAAGUUCUUCAUUUAAAAAAAAUAUUUAAUUAUUUUUACGAAAUGUAUAAAGUAGUCCAGGUUGACUAAAGUAAAACAUGGAAUUUUUUACGGUUAAGUUUAGUAUGGGAUUGUCAAAUGCUUCCUUAUUUGACUGAAAUAAUAAGUUUUUCAUAGUGGCCCAAGAAUAUCAGUAUUUAGAUAGAUAUUACCUCAGAGUGGACACUUACCAACAAACCAAGUUGCUAUGUCUACCAAUGAGAAUGUCUACUCAACGAGGUUGUAAUAAGAAUUUUGCAAGAGUUGAGUCUCCCAUGACAAUAACUAUAUAUGACUGUGUAUGGAAUAACUUCAGAUCUAUGCAAAUACAAUAACAUUGAUAACAACGAUACUUUGAAAGGUUUUUUUUAAUCUACUGCUAAGAUUACAAUUUUCAUUCUCCAAUAUUUGCAUUUCUGUCUUGUGCUUCCUUAUCUCCAUUUAUGGUGCUCCACUUCAACCAAGGGCAUGAUAACACUUUGAAAAUACGUGUUACAUACAAGUUGAACACAUCUUAAUGUGUGUACUUAAAAGUACAAUUCACAAAUUCAGUUCGGCUUGUUCAGAAAAGUUUCUGAUUUUAAGCAUCUUCAGUAUAAUGCUGUUUUUUUCCCUAAAAAGUUUUCAAGGGUUAUGAAAUUCUCUUCAGAGUGUAGUUCUGUUUACUUCACAAGAGUCUUUAUACCAGAAGUGUUGGCAAGUUUGGUGUGUGCUAAUGGAGAGAAAUGAUGUUUGGUUCAGUUGUUUGUGCAGUAUGCUGCAGUGUAUGUGACUGUUACAAUGACCAAAUAUACUUUAUAUGAAUGGGGCCUUUUUAAUUUGAAAAACACCCAAACAAAGCUAUUUCUUUAAUGUCAAGUCAUCGAAAUUGAUAAUUUUUCAUACUAGACAUCAACUGCCCUAAAAUGGAUUAUUCCCCAAAAAGUUAGACAAAACCCAGUUUUGUUGCUUUUCUCAAUUAAAAUAACCAUCAAUCAGUUAUCUUGAUAAAGGUAAUUCUGAUACUGACCAAGCUGUGCAUGCAGGGGCCAAAGGUUUAAAACCUGACCAGAGUAGAAUCUUUGUGUACCAUAGGCUUCAAGGCAGUUAUAAGAAAAGAAUAUGCCUCCUAAGAAGGCAGAUGAUUUGACUGCUGUGUUGGUUUUGUUACUUGUUUAAUGAGCUAUUUUUACAUGAUAAACAUUGUAUGACAACCAUUUUGAAUUAAAACUAAUAAAAUAUUUUUAAAAAAUC